UACGACCGCAUGGUUCCGUAAAUCUGAAUCCGCCAUUUCAAUUUUCUUCCUUAAAAGCUCUGCGUCUCUUCAAAACAUGGAAUUUUGCACUCUUUUUAGUGUAAUGGAUAGUGGUGAUCCCAUUGUUAGCAUUGCUGAGAGCCACCAAAGUGAGGUACCCAAUUCUGGCUUUGAUGGUGUUAUGGAGAAGGUAAGCAGUGUUUUUAAUAGCACUGUGGAAUUUGAACCGCUAGAUGAGAAUGCCAUAUCUGUUUCCCUAUUGGAAGAGACUGGAAAUUUCGAACCAUUGUCUGAGAAAGAUGUAGAAAGAUCAACUUUCCUCGAAGCAUUCGGUGGUUUGACCAUAGCAAAGGACUCUAAGGAAGGAGACGACACAAAGAGCACGGACAAAUCGAAGAAAGUUCAAGACAGUGGAACAGCCAUAAAGCAUUCAAAUCCCAAGAGUAUUAUGACUUCAGUGAAGAGCAAAGAUGAAAAAUCUGGAUCAAUCACCUUAAACAAACCUUUUUCAGUUGCAACAAACUGGAGGUCAUCUAGUGACAGGCAGAUUGCUGGAAGCAUCAGAAGCAUUCAUUCAACUGUGGCAAAGAAAGUGGCAUCUGCAGCGAGUGCUGCUUGCCAUGCCCUGCAACAACCGGCACAAUCUUACAGAGCAUUACCAGCUUUAAGCACAAGAGAGACACAAAGUCUUAGGGAACAGGCAAAACAUAAGCCACCAGCUAAAGUUGAAGAAUAUACUCAUUCUGCUUCUUUCCCUACAGUUAAGAGUGCUAAACCUCGAAGAGUUGGUCGUCUUCCUUCCUAUGGCUUCAGCUUAAGGUGUGAUGAGAGAGCACAGAAACGAAAAGAGUUCCAUUUGAAGCUUGAGGAAAAGAGUCAUGCAAAAGAAGUGGAGCAAAGUACUCUGCAGGCGAAAUCCAAGGAAAGUCUGGAAGUAGAAGUAAAGAUGCUAAGGAGGUGCUUAACAUUUAAGGCAACCCCUAUGCCAAGCUUCUAUCAUGAACCGGCCCCACCUAAGGUGGAGUUCAAGAAGAUUGCACCUACGAGAGCCAGGUCUCCCAAGUUAGGCCGCCACAAGAGGUCAUCAUUGAUGACAGCCUCCAAAUUAAGCGGCAACCGCAGUUCUCAAUCAGUCCAGCUAAAUCUAGACGAGAAGGUUACCCAAAAUCCUACUACAAAAGAAUCAUCCCUCAAUUCUUUUAAGAAGCCACUUAAAAAAUCCUUUCCAAGAUCUCUUCCUGAAAAGACUUCAACAUUGGCCAAUACAACAGAAGAUGCUACAUUUCGCAGCCAACGUACAGAACAACAUAAGAUUGAGCCGGAAGCAGGGCAAAGAUUAGAGCCUUGCCAAAUUCAAACUGGACUUGAUGCAGUCCUGUAAGAGCUAGAAAAAGAGGGUAAUAGGGAAACAUUGGUUGAAUUAAAACUAUGGAAGUAUAAUUAUUUAUUUGAUAGAAUACAAAGUAUAAAUCGUGGUUUUGUAUC